CAAAACUUACUAAGCACUAGGAAGCUGAUCCCUCCUAGACCAUGAGGCUACUGGAUGGGUGGAACCCAGCCCCUGCUCCCAGGCACACAGAUUCGUGAAGGAGAUGGCCACAUAAGCAGAUGAUUAUUAAGCAUGUGGAAUAAAGAGCCAAGUUUGAAGAAUGAACUAAUGAAUGGCUGAGUAAAGAGGUGAUUUAGGAUAGAUUACUACUACUGCUGCUGUUACUACUACUACUAACAACAACAACAUACAGGCAAGAAAACCGGAAUUAGAGAGUAAAAUCCCAGCACAAUGUUCACCAAUAGCGACACUGAUCCAAGUAAUGAUGAUGUGGAGGCCGAGUUUCCCAGGUGUUCGCUGCCAGAAUUAUAUGCACUGGCUGAGAAUUUUCAUAAGGAGAGCAAAAAAUCAAAUCACCUAAAAACUUUUGCUAUUUCACCAAGUGAAGCACGAAGAACACUUAGUCAAGCCCUGAAUGCCAUGGCACCCACUAGCAGAACUGAUUUGGGAGAAGAUUCCCAAUCUGUGGUUAGAAAAGACAAGGAGAAGCCACCAUCAAUGACUGAACUCCUACACCGCAGCUUACUGACCGGCUCACCCUCUCAAGUAGACAGGCUGGAAAAAUCCCAGGAGAGACUUGCUUACUAUGGGAUCCCUCCUCCCUUGCACACUUUUCCCUAUGAGAUUAUCCUCAGUGAAACCGACCUUUCAGGCACACAGAAGAAGUUUUCAAGUGCCAGAAAUUUAUCCAAGAUAAGCAUUUCCAAGGUGAAGGCAGACAAGUUUUUAUUUGAAGAUAGAAUUACUGAAUACUCAAUAAUUGAACCAGAAAAACAAUUCAUGGACCUAAGGGAUCUGGAGUGGAAAUAUUACAAAGGGAUCACAAAGUGGACACGCAAAACUUCAGAUGUAUUUGCAAAAAUACAGUACAACAGUGAGAAGAGGUUUGUAAAGAGCAAGGAGAUGCCUGGUGUUAUUUUCCCCCCACUAGUUCGUAGUUCUUUGGUCGUUUUUCCCAAAAUUGAUUUUCCACCAAAUUUAACUUCUUCUUAAGUGAAAUAUAUAGUUUAUUGAAAAUAUUUUGGAUGCAGAUUUUGCUUUUAAGAAUUUUGAAUUUACACACAAAAAUUUAAGAAGCAGAUGCACCAAUGGACCAUGGGACCUGAUUCUAUAUGAUGUGCACAUAAGGUCUAAAAUUAAACCACAAAUAUGGAGUAAAAGAUCCAAGCUGACCUUCUAGGGUUGGCAGGAAGCACUGAGAAAGAAGUUUCCAGAUCACAGCACAGUAAGAUAAAGGAGGAAGUUAUAAAAGAAGUUGAGGGUAAUGGAGUCUAAGUAGAAUGAGAAGUUCAGAAAUAUAUCCAAGGGAAAUUGCAGAAGGAAAUAAGGAGAAUGGAGAAAAGAUGACACUUAAAAAAAUGACUGAUCGUUUUCUAGAAAUGAAGAAACACAUGAAAACUUGCAUUGAAAAAUCUCACUGAGUGAUGAGCAAGAAAAUAAAUCUAUACUUAGAAAUGCAGUAGCAGAACCGAAGAGCAUUUAGCAAAAAAAAAAAAAGAAAAUAUAAUCUACAAAAGAGAGAAGAUGGAUGACAAACAAAUGACAAAAUGAUGGUGAAACUCUCACUAACAGCAGAAGUCAGAAGGUGAAGGUUUUAUAUACUCAACAUCCUGAGGGAAAUAAUUGGCGAUCUGGAAUUCACUAGCCAGCCAACUCUCUUUAAAAAAAACUAAGAGUAAAGUAAAUUCUUGUUAAAACAUUGAAGAGCAAAAACUGUUUACUGCCCCUUCCUGAAAAAACUACUAGCAAAUACAUACAUUAGCAAGAACCCAGAGGGAGUGCAAGUAACAGGGGUGAGCAAUUAAAUUCUUCAUAAUAUGUGAUUGCGAUUGUGUCAAUAUUAAAAUAUAUUUCUAAAUUCUAUUUCCUAACUAGA